CUUUGGUCAGUUUCUUAGAAAGUUCGAUUAAAGUGAUAACUAAAUUUUGUGGCUCAAUAAAAGCGAUCAAGAUGAGGGACUAGUUCUAAAUAACUUUGCACACACAAGUGUGCCAGUAAACCGUAAAUAAAAAUGGAAGCCAUCAUGGCACUCAACGCGUCCUUACGCGUCUGUACGACAACAAAUACAUCAUUCAGCAGUGGUUUAUUGAACAUUCCGCUUCAGACAAAAUUCAAUAACCUUCUUUUCGAAUAUAACUCCGAAAGCUUAACCACCCACAAAGAUGAGCACACUAUCCAACAAUUACAAUUGGGAGGGGAAGGCGGAUCCAUGUACGACGUACUUUGCUGAUUCGUGCUUGCUGGAAGAUAACUUUACUAAUGAAGCAUUUUCUCAAUGGCUGGAGGAGAAAGUGGAUUUGCCUCUGCUGGAGGAUUUCUCUACUACAACUGGUAUGAACAAAACUCUAAGCGGAGAAACCAAAUUUCCUCAGCAAUUUGAUACCACAGAUUUUAUUCAACAAGACACUGAGAGUCUUUUACGAGAAUUUGAACGCAUUUAUGAUAAAGUGGAACUAAAUCAUUUUACUCCGCCUCAAAGUCCAACAUCAUUAUUUUACACCCAGCCUGAACAGUGUAAUGAAUUCAAUCAUUUGGAUUCAUCGCCUGAUUGGGAUAAGACAUUUGGUGAUGAUGUGGAAGUUGACAUAUGCCAACGGUUGUACGAACAGAAUGAUUUUGACAUGUUGAGUCUGGAACAGCAAUCAACUGAAGACGUUAUACCUAUGAGUGAGGAGAGUGACAUAGCAGAUCAGAUUUAUGAUCACUUUUAUGAAAGUUCGUUUACAUCAGAAGACAAAACAAUUUCAUCUCCAGACAACAGUAGUUCACUAUCUUCUGACCAGGAUGAUGAUUGGGUUCCAGAUCAGAGUUCAACCAAACAUUCUUAUAAGUUAUAUCAUAGGUUGGGAAGGGGUGAUCGUAAAAAUAGAAAGAAAGAGCAAAACAAAAAUGCAGCUACAAGGUAUCGCCAGAAGAAAAAAGCUCAGAUUGAAGAAAUUAUUAGCAAAGAGCAAGAUUUAUUGGAAUAUAAUAAGAAGUUGCGAACUCAAUGUACAGAUAUUGAACGUGAGAUCAAGUAUUUGAAAGAUUUAAUGCGUGAAUUAUUUAAGGCAAAAGGAUUGCUCAAAUAAGUUAUCUUCCUGAAAGGUCAAAAUUAAACACUCACACACUCACUCAUAAUCAUCAUGUGCAUAUGUGUAUGCAAUGUGUGCAUGCUUAAUGCAUG